GCCGAGCGCCUCCGCGUGAGGCUCCGGCGGCCGCCGUGCGACAGGGUCGUUCCCCGACGACGGUGGGUCUCCGGAUGGCAGGGAUCCCUCCUCCUCUACCUCGUGCCUAGUCGCAUUGGACUAUUGCUGCCAUGGAUCGACGACCUGCCGUGGCCGUUGAGGAGCUCUGGCCAUGCCCUGCUCCAUCCUGCCGCCAAGGAUGGUGGGCGGAGUUGCUCUGGAACCCUGGAGGAACAGUGCUCAAUGGUUCUCCAGAAUUCAGAGACCUACAAAGGAACCGAACAGGUCUUGUAAAUUCUGCAGGACGACAUACCCUGCUACAAGAGCAUUCAUCAUGAUUGUUGCCCCAACUGCCACUGCUAUCAGUUCUUUCACCUAGUUUGAUGAGAAGAUCAUUAGCUUUAUAUAAUGGGAGGAAGGGUAACAAGUCUAAAAGAUCUAAAGGAGCAUGAAACUUACAGCAUGGGGGUCGGUGGCGAGAGCGGUGAUGAUGAACAGAAGCAUGAAUGUCGUGAUGAACUCAAGGAAGAAAGCUUCAGUAGUGCCAACCUUUGGAAUGGUGGCAAUCCCAGGGUUCACUGGAUGAUAGAUGCCCUUGACACUGAAGGAAGCAGCAAUGGAGCCCAGAAUUUGUGCAGUCAUGUAAGGUAGGAGGUGAGCAAGUGGGAGGUGGCCAAACACGGUCAUGGCGAUGCUAACUGCCGGGUUCAGGUGGCAUCCGGAUAUGUGUAUGAGGGACAGUACUAGAACCGUGACGGCUAAACCUGCAGAUGUUGCGAUGCCGAGCAGGCUCUCAACUCCGUCAUGCUGCUCAUUCAUGACUAUGGUGGAAAGCACAGUGAAGAUCAGUAUGAAUGUGCCAAGGAACUCAGCAAUCACCUGCAACAACAAUAGCACAUCAAGGUUAAAAUUACAUCAGAAAACAGUAGCACAUCAAGGUCAUAUAUAAACUGUUAAGGUUUUGUAACUGUACCUUCUUGAUGAGAGGAACUGCUUUUAUCUUCGGUAAGCCUUGAUUCCAUAGGCGAUAAUGAGUUGCAUGAGCAUCAGAGGAUUCGGCAGGAUCAUCAUGUGGAUGUGAGCUGACACUGCCGGCAUUGAGCAACUCAAAUGGCAUGACCUUGGAGCUUGCAGCCCUUGGGGAAAUGAUGAUGGAAAUCCUGUUGCUCUCACUUGUCCCCGUAGGAGGGACUGUAACUGCAGCGGCGCAGCCACAUCCAUGCCGCGCUUUUGCUCUUCCAUGCUUUGCUCUAAAGUCAAUCAGCUAAAUCUCACUAUGUAAUCGAUGAAACAGGAUGUUGAUACUUAACUCUGUUGUUUUGGUCUUUGUAGGGCAAAGGAAUUCUGUUUUUGAUGCUUGGAUGUGAUAUGAAGCAUGGCAGUGAAGGCUAUAUAUAGGCAUCUGCUUUUGCGUGGUUUUCAUAUGCGCAACGUGCCUUGUAGUAGCUUCUGUUGUUAAAACCAACAGGCUCCAAAUCUGCGGCGGCAGAGGUGCCGAAUUCAUGGGUUUUGGAAAAGCGGCAACUGAAUACCGCGGCGAAAGAAGUUGCUAGAGCAGUGUAUGGCGCUGAUCUGCCUUCCACCUCUGCUGCUUCAAAUCUUGGAGUUGUUAGUUUCAGCAACACCAUAUGCUAAGCUAAACACACGUGGAGAGCUAGGGUAAGUCAAAUGAUAAUCAAUUCGUUGAUUGUCCGAAUGAGCUUUUGAGAUAAACAUGUGACCUAAUACUAAUAGCAAUGAUGGUCCAAUGGGUCUCAUACUGGCUGCUAUCUAACAAUUUACUAAUUGGACGUUAAUUCUCACAGAAUGAGCUAGAAAAACAGGAAAAUGCUAGACAUUUUCAUAAAAAUCAAACGGGCUAGAAAAAUAGAGAAAUUGCUAGACAUUUUCAUAAAAAUCCAAGACGUCUGGCCAUCAAUCUGGUAAGUCUAAAAUUUACACAUCUUGCUAUUAUAAAGAUAAUCUAAAGUAACCCUAAAUUUGCAUCUUAGAUCCCCUACAUGUGUUGUUAUUAAGAAUAAUAUAAAGUGAUCUCUAAAUCUGCAUCAGAAUUAAAAUAUUAUUAUAAAAUAGUAUUCCAAAGUAAAUCGUUAUAUGAUUUUAAAUCAUCUAAUUCCGUAACUUUUAAGUUUUAAUACAGAAAAAAAUACUAACUUAAGAUAUACAUGCAUGAUCUGUAAACAUACACCAUAUAUGUAUACAUGUAUAAAGAAGCGAGGGGACUUCCAUGUUAAAGACGUAGCUCAAACUUCGGGUUCAUUCAAUUAAGCACAUGCCGAACGCAUACAGAGGUGCGUGCAAUGCAAAGCGAAAAAAAUGUUAUGAAUUUAGAUGAAAAAAAGUGUAUAGAGUAAUUGCUAACUAAAGUCUAUCACAAAAUGAAAAAAAAACAUAUAUAAGUACGUAUCUAUGUAGUAUGUGCUACAAUAUUUAACUAAUGAAAGAGCAAGAUAAGCAUUUUUUUAUUAUAUUAGCUAUGGAAAAUUUCUUUACAAAUUUCUGAUACUUGUCUGUCAAAAUUACAAGCCCGUGGACAGCAUGGGUUGAUGGAUUAAUUAUCAUAAUUUACAGCAUAGUAAUUCCCAUAUAUGGCAGUAAUGCAACCUCAUCAUCAGGAAGUGGUAAACUUACUCCUCUCAUGUGUAUUAUCAUAAAAAUUAAUGCUUCUCAGUUUGCUGUCAAGUGACAAGUUUGUGUGUAUUUUUCUGGACUUGCCACCAAUGCAAUACUAUGCUAAUUUCUUAGUGAUUGUUCCACUAUCUAGUUGCUGGACUCGUAUAUAUUUCUUCCAUGUUUAUGCUUCUCCCAAAUUUAAUUACAUGUAUAAAACUUGUUUCAACGCUAAUUUAUUUAUCCCCAAAAUAUAUUUAUUAUAAUCAGAUAUGUCAUCAGCCAGUAUUUAGCUGUCAGGAUAAACACGGACAACUAUAUCUGCAUUCCUUCACUCCUCGAAUUUGUCUUGGUUUUUAUCUGAGUUUCCUCUCGGCCAAAAUCUACCACUUCUAGCUUUUUCCCUUGAACGACAUUUGUAACUUCCUCAGACACAGCAUUGACCCCUUCAACUUUGAUCACAAAAGUGGAAAAGAAGAUGCUUGGGAAAGGACUCUAAGCAUCCUCUACUAUCGACCAGACAAUUAGACAAACAAGAACUUGCCAACAUAUCAGUCAGUAUCAACUGAUCCAAGGCACAAGCUUAUGAGCAUGGUAGCCAUAGAAUCUACAAGCGGCUUCCAUUGUGCUCAUGAGCUGUGACCAGCAGAACAGGGCAGAUCGAGGCGUUGGUACACAUCGAUGCAUGGUAGGUUUGAACAGGUAAAACGGAGCUAAAUGACUGCAACAGAAGUAGUAUUAUAACUUGAUUUGGCAUUGGACAGUGAAACCAACAAGAAUGGUGUUUGUUUUCACCUUCCCAUACUGUGUGGUGUUGAUCAAUCAUUCAAUCAUCACAAAUCAUUCCAGAGCUAAUUGUUUUUCACUUGUUUGAGCAGGUACAUCGAUCACAUCCAUGCCGUGCCCGCCAAAAUCCAUCCAGGCCAGUCAGUGCCCACAUAAAUCUCAACCAAGCAUAGAGCUCCCUGUCCACUGCACUGACAUUCUCCUCCAGUCAGUCCUCCAGCUCGAGAAAUCAUCAAUGGAGCAGCAUAUGAGGAGCAUCUCCAGGGAUCUGACACUGAGCAUCUCCAGGGCAGCUUCCAUGGACGACAUGAGCGCCGACGACAAGAUCGCAAUCAUCGUCCCGCACUCGUCCCCAAUCCUCUCGACGAAGUCUCCUUCCAACCACACCCUGCCCCAAUGGGUGCAGAGCGAGGCUUCCCGUCCACCUCCGAGCAUGGAGGAUAGGGCGGCGCUCGCCCUCGUCAGGAAGGUGGCGGCGGAGUUCCUGGGCACCUUCCUGCUCGUCUUCACCCUGCUCUCGGCGCUCAUCGUGGACGAGGCUCGCGGCGGCGCGCUGGGCCUGCUCGGCGUGGCCGUGGCGGCGGGGUCCGCCGUGGCGGUGAUCGUGGCGUCGCUCGCCCACGUCUCCGGCGCGCACCUCAACCCGGCGGUCAGCACCGCCAUGGCCGCGUUCGGAUACCUCCCCGGGGCCCACCUCCUGCCGUACGUCGCCGCUCAGCUCCUCGGCUCCACGGCCGCCUCGUUCGCGGCCAGGGCGGUCUACGAGCCGCCGAACCUCGGCGCCACCGCCGCCACCGUGCCGGCGCUCGGCACCGCGGCGGCGCUCGCCGUGGAGUUCGUCACCACGUUCGUCCUCCUCUUCGUCAUCACCGCCCUCUCCACCGAUCCGAAAGCAGUGAAGGAGCUGCUUGCAGUGGGAGCUGGGGCGGCAGUGAUGAUGGGCGCGCUCAUCUCCGCGGAGACGACGGGAGCGUCGAUGAACCCGGCGAGGACGCUGGGGCCGGCCAUCGCCGCUGGGACGUACACCAAGAUCUGGAUCUACAUGGUCGCUCCUCCCCUCGGCGCCAUCGCCGGAACUGGAGCUUACGUUGCGCUCAUGUGAUUCAAUGAUUGUGCAGGCAGGCAUGGCUGCACAAUCACAUAAACGAAGUGGUUCUCUUUUCUUAAGAAAAGAAGUAGUAGCUAGGAUGGAAAUGGAAUCAAGGGCACAAUUGUUGGGACCUUGUCUAAUUUCUCCUUGAGAACUUGAACAUGAAUUUUCCACAUAUACUUGUGGUUGCAUAGUCCAUCAUUGCCCUCCAUUUUGAAAUCAACAAUGGGAGAUGGGUGAAAGAAUCAUGGGUA